CUACAAUUAAAAAGUAAAAGUAACUUUCAGAAAACCUUUGAGACUAAAGAAUUUCUUCUAUUUGCUGUUUUCUGCUUCAAAAAGAAUGAACAUGUUUUCUCAAUCAGAAAAGGAUCUGUCCUGUCCUGUCUGUCAUGACAUAUUUAAAGAUCCUGUUGUCCUGACAUGCAGCCACAGCUUCUGUAAAGAUUGUCUGAAGAACUGGUGGAGAGAGAAACAAACUCGGGAGUGUCCCGUUUGUCGGGAAAAACAUUUAUUGAGUGAUCCGCCUCGUAACUUGGCAUUAAAGAACCUGUGUGAGGCCUUCUUAGAGGAGAGAGAUCAGAGAUCUUCAGCAGGGCCUGAGCCUCUCUGCAGUCUGCACUCUGAGAAACUCAAACUCUUCUGUCUGGACCAUCAGCAGCUAGUUUGUUCUGUCUGCAGAGAUUCAAUAGCACACAAAGACCACAGAUUCAGACCCAUUGAUGAAGCUGCAAAGGAUCACAAAGAGAAGCUCAAGACAUCCCUGAAGCCCUUACAGGAGAAACUGAAAGUAUUUGAAAAUUUUAAAGGAAACUUUGAUCAAACAGCAAAACACAUUAAGGUCCAGGCCAAAGACACAGAGAGGCAAAUUAAAGACCAGUUUAAGAAGCUUCACCAGUUUCUACAAGAGGUAGAGGAGGGCAGGAUCUCUGCUCUGAGGGAUGAAGAGGAGCAGAAGAGUCAGAUGAUGGAGGAAAAGAUUGAGGGUCUGAGCAGAGAGAUAGCAGCUCUUUCAGACACAAUCAGAGUCACAGAGGAGGAGCUGAGAGCUGAAGACAUUUCAUUCCUGCAGAACUACAAGGCUGCAGUGGAAAGAGUCCAGCAGUGCCCCCUGCUGGAUGAUCCAGAGCUGUGCUCAGGAGCUCUGAUAGAUGUGGCCAAACAUCUGGGCAACCUGACCUACAACAUCUGGAACAAGAUGAAGAAGAUGGUCUCCCUCACUCCUGUGAUUCUGGAUCCAAACACUGCUCAGUCAAACCUCAUCCUUUCUGAAGAUCUGACCAGUGUGAGAUUUGGACAGAAACAGAAACUUCCUGAAAACCCAGAGAGGUUUGAAUAUCACCCCUGUGUCCUGGGCUCUGAGGGAUUUAAUUCAGGGACUCACAGCUGGGAUGUGGAGGUCAGAGAUGAUACAUCCUGGGGUGUGGGUUUGGUAAAUGAAUCUGUUGGACACAAGGGACAAAUACUGGCUGGAUUCUGGGAAGUGUGUCUCAUUAAUGGAAAAUACAAAGCAGUCUCUGAAUCACUCUCUGAUAAAGUCCUCUCAGUGAAGAAGAAGCUGCAGAGGAUCAGAGUUCAUCUGGACUGGGACAAAGGAAAAGUGUCUUUCUGUGAUCCUGAUACUGACACACACAUACACACUUUCACACACACUUUCACCGAGAGACUGUUUCCUUACAUUAUCACUUUGAAUGAACUCCCAAUGAAGAUAUUACCAGCUACAGUCUCUGUAACAAAGGAGCAGCACACAGUGCCUUCCUCUACAGGCUUGUGGGCUUUUUUCCACAGGUUCUAG